CCCAGACUCCACUGCCAGAGGCCCUGGAUUCAAAGGACACGAUGAAACAGUUUCUUUCAGAUCGCGUCGUGAAAGCAGCCAGGUCCGUGUACAGCGUCCUGAUGGAGAGGAACGCAGGUCUGAUCCGAGAUAGAAAGUAUCACCUCAAAACCUACAGACAAUGUUGUUCUGGUAAAGAACUCGUCGACUGGCUGAUGAAACAAAACGAAUGCCUCCAGUGGAGAAGUCAGGCCGUUGGGAUGUGGCAGGUCCUGGUGGAUGAAGGAAUUCUUGUUCAUGUGAAACACGAGUUGAACUUUCAUGACAAGGACACUCAGUUCUACCGAUUCCAAGACUCCGAGUUUGGCCUGAACCACAACACAAAUGAGAGGGAAUCGGAGGACGAGCUGCAGGAAGGUCUGUCGCUGCUGUCUCAGCUCGGUCCUGACGCUCUGCUCACGAUGAUCCUACGCAAAUGCCCCAGUCACAGGAGUGCUGAGGAUCUGGAGGUGAUCUACGAGGAGCUGCUCCACGUUAAGGCUGCCGCUCAUCUCUCCGCCUCGGUGCGUAAGGAGCUGGCAGCCGUGCUGGUUUUUGAAUCCCAUGCCAAGGCUGGAACAGUUUUGUUCAGUCAGGGGGACAAAGGCACCUCGUGGUACAUCAUCUGGAAAGGCUCCGUGAACGUGAUCACACACGGGAAGGGACUGGUAACGACACUGCAUGAGGGGGAGGACUUUGGGCAGCUGGCUUUGCUGAAUGACGCACCUCGCGCUGCCACCAUCAUCCUGAGAGAAGACAACUGCCAUUUCCUCCGUGUCGAUAAACAGGACUUCAUACACAUCCUCAAGGAUGUGGAGGCCAACACAGUGCGACUGGAGGAGCAUGGGAAAUCUGUGCUGGUGUUGGAGAAGAGUGCCGCCUCCGCCGGGCAAGGAGGAACAGGAAACAACAGCAAAUACACAGUCAUGUCAGGGACGCCUGAGAAAAUCCUGGAGCAUCUACUGGAAACAGUCAAGUUGGAUUCUAAUGGAAAUGACGCCAUAGAUCCCUGUGUGAGUGACUUCCUGCUCACCCAUAAAGUUUUCAUGCCCUCCAGCCAGUUGUGUCCUGCGCUGCAGCACCACUACCGGGCUGAGCUGUCGGAGGGUUCAGACCAGGAGAAAGCUGCGUACGUUCUCAACACCAAGCAGAAGGUAGUGAAGCUGCUCGGCCAGUGGGUGGUGCUGUACGGCCUCCUGCUGAAAGAAGACCCAAUCGCUUUGGACUUUUUGGAGAGGUUGAAGAAGGAGGUGGCAGGAGAUUACCGUCUGUCCAGCCUCCUGAAAGAACAAUUUCGGGACAGGAGGAGAACAAAAGUGUCGGAGAAUGGAUAUCAGUCACUGAGCAGGAACCAGCCCUUUGAUUGGUUUUCCAACUGCGAAGAGCCUGUGGGGAGGUUACAGCCAAUCAGAGCACAGGACAAAGUGUUGUAUGAGAUCUACAGCCCUGACAACAAAGCUCUCACUCUGAUGCUCCCGGUCAACACAUCAGUGCAGGAUGUGAUGUCAGCAAUGGUCAAACCAGGCGAGGAUCACAUCCUGGUCAAAAUGAACUCCACAGGAGAAAGAGCUCAGUUAAAGCUGGAGGCCACUGCAGUCUACACCGCCCUGGGACUCAAUGAAAGACUGUUCAUCUGCGCAAGCAGCCAAGUGGAACAACUGAUGCCCCUGAGGGAGCAGCAGGGUCCAGAGCGAGGAACCAGCGACGUCCUCGAACAGAUGGGCUCCAAAGACAUCGCCAAUGAGCUCACAAAUUAUGACUGGGAGCUGUUCACAGCCAUGCAUGAGGUGGAGCUUGUUUACUACGUAUUCGGCCGCCAUAAGUUCCCCGGCGCCACCACAGCUAACCUGGAGAGGUUCGUGCGCCGCUUCAACGAGGUGCAGUACUGGGUGGUGACUGAGCUCUGCCUCUGUGAGGACCUGGUCAGACGAGCCGUUCUGCUGAAGAAGUUCAUCAAGAUUGCUGCAGUCUUGAAGGAGCAGAAGAAUCUCAAUUCAUUCUUUGCUGUGAUGUUCGGUUUGAGCAACAGUGCCGUGCAGAGGCUUUACAAGACCUGGGAGAGAGUAUCCAGUAAAAUGAAAAGAAUUUACUGUGCUUAUGAGAGGUUGAUGGAUCCUUCACGUAACCACAGGGCCUACAGACUGACUGUGGCCAAACUCGGUCCUCCUUACAUCCCCUUCAUGCCUCUGCUGCUCAAAGACAUGACUUUCAUCCAUGAGGGAAACUUAAACUAUGUUGACAAAUUGGUCAAUUUUGAGAAAAUGCGAAUGAUCGCCAAGACGGUGAAAGUAGUGUGCGGAUGCAGAAGCCAGCCUUAUGUGCCUUCGUCUCCACAGAGGGGCCUCGCAGAUCGGAUGUUUCUGGAAGGGCCUGCUACUCGCAUAUCCACGUACUCGGACCAUGCCCUCCCCCUGCGGAGUCCCAGCAACAUCCGACAGCACAUUCAGAACCUGAAGGUGAUCGACAACCAGCGCACGCUAACGCAGCUAUCGCGAACGUUAGAAUGCUAGGUCACGAGCCUGCAAACCUACACAGACUGCAGAACUGUGGCACACAUCUGAACCGGAGAACAGAUUCUCUCCAUGAACAAAUGUUUCCACGCUUCUCUUUCAACGAGCCGCACCCCCGGAGGUUCAUGGAGGAGCUUUGUGCACAGAGAGCGAACACGUGCAGAGCGCACAGUAAUGACCUCUAAUCCUGAACCGCCCAUCGGACUUUCUCACCUCAUGUAAAUAUUUCUGGUGUAUGUGCCACUGUGGAAAUCAACCCCCCCCCCACCCACACACACACAUACAACAAAUAUGUUCGUCUUUGUUGUGAAAAUACAUCCAUGUGAAGUUUGGAUCGUGCCGCACAACAGACUCACAUGCUGCAGAUCUUCUUCACCACUAAUCACUUCAGGUCAGCUCUUUCGUGCACUAGUAUUUUCACACUCAUGUAAAAUGUUGUAUCAGGU